CGCAGCUCUCAGCUGGCUUGCUGACGGACCGAGGGAGGGUUCGAUUAUGGCUUCUGGCUAAACUGCGCUGCGGUCCUUCGUCUGGUUUGGGAGUCUCUCCUUCCUCGGUGCUAACCAGGGGAACGCCACUAGCCUCCAUCAUGAGAGUUCACAGGAAGGAACCAGCCAACAAAUAAAGAGAGCUCAAGACGAAGGGGGGAAUUUCAUUAAGAUGCUACUAUCAGUAGGAAUGUUAAUGUUGUCUGCCACUCAGAUUUAUACUAUUCUCACAGUUCAGUUGUUUGCUUUUUUAAACCUAUUGCCAGUAGAAGCCGAUAUCUUAGCGUUUAAUUUUGAAAAUGCAACACAGACAUUUGAUGACUUACCAGCAAGAUUUGGUUAUAGGUUGCCUACUGAAGGUUUGAAGGGGUUCCUAAUAAAUUCAAAACCUGAGAAUGCCUGUGAGCCUAUAAUUCCUCCACCUCUGAAGGAUAACUCAUCCCAUGAAUUCAUUGUAUUAAUCAGAAGACUUGAUUGUAAUUUUGAUAUAAAGGUUUUGAAUGCACAGAGAGCUGGGUUUAAGGCAGCAAUUGUUCACAAUGUUGAUUCUGAUGACCUCAUUAGCAUGGGAUCUCAAGACAUUGAAAUUUUAAAGAAGAUUGACAUUCCAUCAGUUUUCAUUGGCGAAACAUCUGCGAAAUCUCUUAAAGAAGAAUUUACUUUCGAAAAAGGAGGCCAUAUCGUGCUAAUCCCAGAAUUCAGCCUUCCUUUGGAAUAUUAUCUAAUCCCAUUCUUAAUAAUUGUGGGAAUCUGUCUCAUCCUUAUAGUUAUAUUCAUGAUAACAAAAUUUGUUCAGGACAGACACAGAGCAAGAAGGAAUCGCCUUCAAAAGGAUCAACUUAAGAAGCUUCCAGUACAUAAAUUCAAGAAAGGAGAUGAGUAUGAUGUUUGUGCCAUUUGCCUGGAUGAAUAUGAGGAUGGAGAUAAACUCAGAAUUCUUCCUUGUUCUCAUGCCUACCAUUGCAAAUGUGUGGAUCCUUGGCUAACUAAAACGAAGAAAACAUGUCCUGUCUGUAAACAGAAAGUGGUCCCUUCUCAGGGAGAUUCCGAUUCUGAAACAGACAGCAGUCAGGAGAAUGAAGUCUCUGAGAAUACCCCUUUGCUUAGGCCGAUUGCUUCAGCUAGCACUCAGUCUUUUGGGGCAUUAUCAGAGUCAUACUCUCAUCCCAAUAUGACAGAAUCUUCAGACUAUGAGGAAGAGGAGGAGGAGGAAGAAGGAAAUGAAGAUAUUGACAGUAGUGAUGCAGAGAAUGGAGUUACGGAAGAAAGUGUAGUAGUCCAGCUACAGCCCAAUGAUGAAAAGGAUUACAGAGCAGCAGAUGCUGUUUGAACUGCAAAAUGGACAGUGUUACAUGAACUCCUGUCCCGAGACCUCUCACCUUAUGUACCUGUACGUAAGAGAAGUGCAUUGCAGACCUUCCAUUGCUUCACUAGAAGCACCUGUUCAUUUAGCAUUCUAUAGUUUAAUCUCAUUGCAGGUUUUUCUUUUUGUUUAUUUGAUUUGUCUUUUGAAGACAAGCAUCUUAACAGGACUUCACAAUGUUAGUAAUGGGGCUUCCACCACUAAAUAUAAUGCACCCCCACAAAAGAGGUAUAACAGCAUCUUGUUAAAUGAAGUUGAACCGAGACCGUACAUGUGUUUUUCCUGCGACAAGGGUGUAAGUAAGCAGGGACUUAUAUUCAGUUGUUAAAUGUAUGGUAAGUACUAUUCUAAACAUCCAACCAACCAAAAAUGUAUGGGUGUUAAUGUCUGUGAAGGCUUUCUCUACAAGAACCAGCACCUUUUAAAGAACAAGAUAUACUUGUUCUCUGUAUUUGUCUGCCAAGAGUAUUUCCCAACAAAGAGGAAUUGGAGCUUUGAACUCUGUGAAGGAUUUUGACUGUCUUUUCAUUAUCCUAUUGCAUUUGUAAGCACCUGGCAAAGAAAUCUCAACAUGGCUUAGCCUAACCCAUCUUUAAGGAAAUAAACAGGAUAACCCUGUUCAUUGGCAUACUUCACUAAUACUCCGCUUUGAGACGGGGAUUGGGACCAAUGCAGAAAGGCAACUUUAAAGCACACAGUUUAGAACAUUUAAUUUUGUUUAUGCCAUAUUUGGAAACAAUUUUGUGUGCAGUACUUCAUAAAGAUUCAUAAAGGAGGUAGGUAUACCUUGUAAUAAGAAUGUCUGAUCCUACAUUAGCUUGGUAAAAACUAUACAGAGAAACAAAUCAAACUACAUAUUGAAUUUGAAAAUGAGUGCUCAUAGCUUAACAGGAUUUUACUUACACUUUAUCAUGAAAAGAACUUCAUUAUAUAGAAGUGUAACUAUGUAAAAAAUGUAGCCAUGCUUCUGUAUAAGUCAAAUUACAGGGGUUUUUUAUAUAGCCUUGUACAGGAAAGUUUGAAAGGAUGUUAAUAAAUACGUUUUCCACUUUAAUAGCCAUUUUGCCAGUAUAUGCAAAUCUACAUUAAAACAGGCUGUGUGAAUUUUUUUUCCUUCCAAAAAUGGUAAUGCCCCUUUCCUGCAUGGCUGGUGUUUAGGUAGCAGAUUAUCAGAAAUUUCAAUAAAACACUCUUGUCAUGGAUUUUUAUGAUAAAUUAAAAAAUGCCAUUCUCUUUGUGAAAAAGCUGCAUCUGAAUGAGACCUGUGAACUAGCAUAAUAGUAAGAAGCUUUGGAAAAUACUUGCUUAUGUAUGCAUCGUAUUAGUUUCCUGAAUGCAGUUUAGGCCAGCCAGACUUGAACAGAGUUCUCUCUCACACACACAACUCAUAUUUAUUUUUAUCAAACCUUUAUUUUUGUAACUAUCUACCUUAUCUAUCUAAGCCUCUCUGAACAAGAAAUAACUUCUCUUUCACAUAUUUAUUGUAUUUUAAUCAAGACUUUAUUAUUUUUAUAACUAAGAUGGCAAACAUAUCUAGUACUUCUUCCUCCUCCUAUUUUCUCUGUAACAAUGCUAUGAGGUGAGUUGGGCUGAAGGAGAGUGGCUUGCCAAAGUCACCCAGCUGGCGUUCAUGCCUAUAUAAGGUUCAAGAAAGUGAACAAGAGGGGAAAAAAAUCAUAAACUCUUUAUAAAUCACUUCAAUUUUCACAUUAUUUAUACAAUCAAUAAAAAAGCCUUUACUGUGAGUCAUCAACACACGCAUACCUUAUAUACUUCAUCAUACGUUUAAAGUACUGUAUCUUGUAAAGGAGGGCUCAAGAUAUCUUAAAUAUUUGAUAUCUAAAAUGUGGAACCCCAUUUAUAUAUUGCCUAUGAGCAGAGACUAGAAUUAGCAAGUAUUCUUAAUUUAUUCAAUUGUUUUGCAAGCUCUUCAAUUCACCCAAUUAACGAUCACAUUUUUUCUUGGUUCUUUCAGUAGCUGUUUAUUUUUAUACUUUAAGAAGUCUGUGCUUUGUCAUUUGUCUGAAACAACUUCCUUAGUUGAAUUUGUAACUCUUACACCUGAUUUGUAAAAAACAAACAAAAACAAAUUGUCAAAUAUUCAUCCUAAAAAAUAUUUUUAAGAAUAUUGCUUACUUGCACAUGGCAGGCAUAGACUUUAAAAUUAU